AUGUUGACAGUCAACGACAGGUACAACCUUGUGAAGUUCGUGAAGCUGGUUCAACAAGCGGGUCUCUACCUUAAUCUCCGGAUUGGCCCUUACGUUUGUGUUGAAUGGAAUUUCGGAGGACUCCCUGUUUGGCUCAAGGAUGUGCCUGGAAUCUCCUUCAGAACUAACAAUGAACCCUUCAAGGUAGUCGGCUGCCCUUUCUUUUUAGCCUGA